AUGAAAGAAGAAGAGGAGAGAAGUAAAACAGAGAAAGGAAAAGAAGGAGCUAUUGUGGAUCUUAUGCAAGUGCUUCUUGCCAGCACUAAAGAAGUUAAGGAACAAAAUGAUGGGUUUGUUGAUGUGGUGAAGAAAACCAAAGGAAAUAAUGGAAAUUUGUUUUCAAAAGAAGCUACAGGGGGGAAAAAUAGUUUUCGAGUCAGGGGCAUCAAGGGAAUUUCUCGAAAAAUGAAGGUUCAGGGGUUUUUGCUGGAACGGUUGACCUAUUCUUUCAAGCUCCCCAUCAUCCCUCUCAUGCAAAUCAUUCUUCUGUAA